AUGCGAUAUUCCCUAAGAGCUCGAAUCCCGUACAGCUGGUUUGAAGUUAGGGCGACGCUCCAGUCAGGAUUACCUCGUCUUCGGACGAGUGGCCACAAGUCAGCUGUUCUUUCAUUAGGAUUUGAUGCACUUGGAACUCGACUGGUCUCUGGUGGAAAGGAUACAGAUGUAAUUGUUUGGGAUAUUGUUAACGAGUGUGGGUUGUACAGUUCUAAAGAUACAUAUAUUAAAUUAUGGGACCUGGACACUUGUCAUUGUUUUCAGACUCUAGUUGAUCAUCGUAGUGAAGUUUGGGCAGGUGAACUCCUUAGAAAUGAGACAAGAUUAGUGACAGCAUCUUCUGACAUUGAAUUAAGAAUAUAUGACAUUUUACCACCACAAGAUAAUGAUAAAUCAAAGUGGACUAGAAGCGAAGACGAUAUCAAGUCUGGAUCUGGUCCUAUUUCAUGUUUGUUGCUAGGCAACCUCAAGCGCCAGUCAUCUAAUCGUGUGUUAUGUCUAAAAUGUGAUUCAAGUGCUGAUAAUUUAGUUGUCAUGCUUCUCCUCUCAUUACAUACUAAUAUGUUAGAACUUCAUACUAUCAACCUCACAUUAAGCACCUCCACCAUCACACACUCCAUCUCAUUACCCGGCCACAGAUCAGACAUCAGAACAGUUUCUAUUAGUAGUGAUGGAGAUUUAAUAGCAUCAGGUUCAUCAGAUAUGAUCAAAUUAUGGAAUUGUUCAAAUUUUCAAUGUAUCCAUACAUUAUUAUCAAAUCAUUAUGUAGUAUCUAGUACAUUUGUACCUGGUAAUAGACAUCUACUGGUUGGUACCAAGUCUGGUGAAGUUUUACUCUAUGAAGUGACAUCAGGAUCUUUACUAGAAACCUUUCAAGCUCAUACUGGUUCAGUGUGGGCAGUGGGUGUGGCUCCAGAUAGGCAAGGGUUUGCUACAGGAAGUGCCGAUCACGAUGUCAAAUUUUGGGAGUUUGAACUAACCACUAAUGAUAAUUACUUCCUUAUUAGGAAACGACUUACAGCUGCACAUGUUAAGACUUUAAAAAUGUCAGAAGAUGUGUUAGGUCUUAAGUAUAGUCCCAAUCAGAAGGUGUUAGCACUAUCACUAUUAGACUCAACUGUUAAAAUAUUUUUUGCUGACACAUUAAAGUUCUUUCUCUCCUUAUAUGGACAUAAAUUACCAGUAUUAUCAAUGGAUAUAUCAAGAUAUACUUUAUUGGUAAAUGGUUCUGCUGAUAAGAACAUAAGAAUAUGGGGAUUAGAUUUUGGGGAUUGUCAUCGUUCUAUCUUUGCUCAUGAUGAUAGUAUCAUGGCAGUCCAAUUUGUACCAGACACUCAUUUAUUUUUUACUGCUAGUAAAGAUAGAACAUUAAAAUGUUGGGAUGCUGACAAUUUUGAACAUGUACAGACUCUUGAAGAGAGAGAAGCAGAGUUUGAGAAGGCAGUUGCUGAAGGUGGUGAGCCAGUGCCUGAAAAGUAUGUGCUAACAGUUGUUAAAGGCAUACGAUCAAGUGAUCUAGAAGAGGCGUUGUUAGUUAUUCCAUUUUCGUAUAUGAUUGAUUUGUUAAGA